CUGCUCUGUACUUCCUGAUUCACAAUGCUAGAGGUGCAGCUUGUUAAACUAGGGUUAUUUUCCAGUGACUGAAAACAGAAACUUCAAGACUUAAUAGUUCUAUUAUUAUUCAAAUCCCUUCAAUCCUUUCUAUCUAUCGUCUAUGGUCACUCCUUUGGUUGGCUUUACUGCUCCAUCUUCCUUCAGCUGCUUUCUCAGAUGCCAGGUCCUACUUGACUCCAAACCACACACAUGUAUAAAAUCUGUCGAGUGGCUCAUUUGACUGCAAGCAAGAACAGCCAUCACAGGACACACAUUGCUCUCCAGAUAAUCCUGACUCUCUUCCUUUGUUCGUUCUGAAGAUAAAAGCAGCAAUGUUCAAGUGGUGGAUCCUGAUGCUCCUUCAUCCCUGUAUACUUCGGGCAGAACCUGAAUGUAAGCAUUUCACAGCGUUGGACUUUCACAAUUCCUUUAUUGGGACAAAACUGGACGUUAAGCUGUUGCUCUACACAAAUGAAACCAUAAACUGUGGAAAUCAUCUGGAUCACACAAAUUUCACAGGUUCUAAUUUGCUGAAUGUGAAAAGAAAAACCACCUUUGUAAUCCAUGGAUACAGGCCAUCAGGAGCCCCCCCAGUGUGGAUAGACACAAUAGUACAGCUUUUGUUAUCUGCUGAAGAUAUGAACGUGAUUAUAGUUGACUGGAACAGAGGAGCUGCUACCAUCAUAUAUCCGAAAGCAGCAGAAAACACAAAGAGAGUGGCACAAAUCCUAACCUUGUUUAUUAAACAGAUGAUAGAAAUGGGCAGUUCACUCAGCUCUUUCCAUUUGAUAGGGAUCAGUCUUGGAGCUCACAUAUCUGGGUUUGUUGGGAACAUGCUGGGUGGCAAAAUUGGAAGAAUCACUGGCCUUGACCCUGCAGGCCCAAUGUUUACUGGUAAACCACCUGCAGAGAGGCUUGACCCCACUGAUGCAGAGUUUGUGGAUGUCUUACAUACCGAUAUUGAUGCUUUAGGUUUCAGAGAACCGCUAGGACACAUAGAUUUCUAUGCCAACGGAGGAACAGACCAACCUGGCUGCCCCAAAACCAUACUUUCUGGAAAACAAUACUUUGUGUGUGACCAUCAGAGAUCCGUAUUCCUAUUCCUCUGCUCUUUAAAUAAGACCUGUGAAAUAAAGGCUUACCCCUGCUCAUCAUACCAAAAAUUUCUGGAUGGUAAAUGCACUGAAUGUGAUGCUUUUCUUCCAGCACCUUGUCCUGUAUUAGGUUUUUACAUAUACAAAUGGAAAGAUGCUCUUGUUAAACUUGAGCAAACAAAAGCAUAUUUUUCUACAACAGCAGAUCCUCCAUUUUGUAAGUACAAUUACCUUCUGGAUAUUAUUACAUGGAACAAAAGCACACGCUGGGGAUACAUUACAAUAAAAUUGAUGAACGGAAAAAACGUGACAGAAUCAAAAUUAGAUCACAAAGCGUCAAAAUUUGAACAGUACACAGAAACACAGUUGCUAACACAGUUUGAUAAGGAUGUGGAGAAUGUCCAAAAGAUCUCAGUCAAAUUCUCCACAGGAAAUGUGAUUGGCCCCAGAUAUAAACUGAGAGUUAUACGGAUGAGACUGAAGUCAUUGGAUAACAAAAACAGACCACACUUGUGUAGAUAUGAUCUGAUUAUGGAGGAAAAUACUGAAGUGACAUUCCGGCCAAUCAUUUGCCAGGACAUUGAAAUGUAAUAUGAAAGCUAUAGUGAUGUUAAAACAAAAUCUGGAUUAUGGGUUUUAUAAAAUAGCCUAUCUGUAAUUCUUCUGUAAAAAGAAAAUUCAACAAUAUUGGUAUUAUUUUUGUAAAGCAGAAUACAAACAUCUUCCUUUUUCCCCCCUGUAAAUAUACAUUUCUAGCUUUUGAAUUUAUUUUAAAUGUUCUUUUUUAUUCCUAAUUACUAAACACUGUGCAAACAAUUUUCCAUACAUAUUAAAUAGGUUAUUUCUGUUUGUUUUUUGUGUUCAUGUUUUCUUGUGCCUCAAAACUGUGUUUAUCAAAAUAAAAAUUGUUAAGAUAACAGAUGUACUACAUAUGACAAUUCCUCUCAACACUUGUGCAGUGCUUGAAAUUAUCUACAAGUUAUUGUGUAAAACUGAAUUUAAAUUAUGAAUGCAAAUAUGAAUGUGAAAAAAAAACAAAAUUUCAAAUUUAUUUCAGUUUGCAGUUUUCUUUUCAGUUUUCAUAAUUUGUUUUACAGAAUAGUUUGUAAUGUUAUUUAAAAAAAAAUAGUAGUAAUAUCAAUGUGAGUUAGUGCAUUUUGUACUGAAGGUGUAUGGGGUCUCAGAGUAUAACAUAAGCUUCCAAAAGUAUUGACAUGUCUCAAAAAAAGUAAAUUCAAUUCCAACUGUAAUAAAAAAUAAGUACAAAUAAAAAAAUUAAAUAAUCAUGGAUGAAAA